AGCACCAACGGCUCCAUUCUGUGAUAGAAACAAAGAUGGAAGAGUGUCCCUCUAAACAAGUAACCGAAAACACCGACGAGCCUCCCAACAGCCGGCUUUUUGUGGUCACAAGUCGGUGCAUAACUGAAGACGUGUUUCGGGAAAGCUUCUCCGUGUUUGGGGACGUUCAGGGGGUUUGGGUUGUCAAAGACAAGCAGACAAAGGAGUCCAAAGGCAUAUGCUAUGUGAAGUUCGCCAAGUCUUCGCAGGCCUGCCUGGCCAUGGAGGAAAUGCACGGCAAAGUGCUGGUGGAAGGGACCAAACCCAUCAAGGUGUUUAUUGCACAGUCACGAUCUUCAACAAGGCACAGAGAUGUUGAGGAUGAAGAGCUGACCAGGAUCUUUGUCAUGAUCCCCAAAACCUUCUCAGAGGAGGACCUCAAAAACACAUUCAAAGAGUAUGGUGAUAUUGAGUUUUGCGUGAUCAUCAAGAAUAAGUUCACUGGGGAAAGUAAAGGUCUUGGCUAUGUGAGAUACUACAAACCAUCCCAAGCUGCCCUUGCUAUAGAGAACUGUGACAAAACUUACAGGGCCAUCUUGGCUGAACCUCGCACCAAGGCUUCAGCAACAGAAGAUUACACCCCAGGAGCUGCCAGAAGUGAUUACAUGGGUGGCACUGACUCAAUGAACCAGUACUCCUUCCCGAUGGGCGACCCUGGGAAUUACCCAGUCAUGGACUACCGCUCGGGUGACUUCACGCGGUGCCUGAUGAUGUCAACACGGGUAGCACUUACCCAGGAGCAGAUUUUUGCUCUGUUUGAUAUCAUUCCUGGUAUGGAGUACUGCGAGCUGCAGAGAGACGCUUAUGGAUUGAGCAAAGGUCACGCAUUGAUUCGUUACAGUAACCUGGGAUCAGCCGUUUACGCCAAGGAGAAGAUGAACGGCUUUGAAUAUCCACCUGGCAACAGACUGACAAUAACUUUUAUUGAUGAUGGCGAAGACCGCAGCAGUCCUGUAGGUCGGAUGGCCAUGCAGUUUGUUGCAGCCCAGAUGAUGUCUGCAGUGUGGAACGGACCCUCCACCAGCCAAGUGAUGAAACCUCCAGGUUUCUCGGCUCUCCCUCAAGUGUCCCGGAUCCAGACAGAUGUCAACCUGCCCCCUCUCAAGAAGCUCGCUCCACCUGACAGCAAAACCAAGGAACGCUUGUUUGUUGUGUUCAGCCCCUCCCCGCUGCCCCCAGAUGUGCUGGAGGAUGUUUUCUGUCGCUUUGGUACACUUAUUGAGGUCCAUUUGGUUCCAGGAAGGAAAGUUGGAUACAUGAAGUAUGCAGACAAACAGUGUGCAGAUGAGGCCAUGGCAGCGCUCCAUGGUCGGGUCGUCAAUGGCGUAAAGAUGAAAGUGAUGCUGGCCGAUCCCCCCAGAGAAGAAUCUCACAAACGUCCUCGUACCUACUAGGACCACGUGUCAGAAAAGACCGGCGACUCUUGUCAUGACACAAUGACACCUGACCUGACAGACCGACCGACCGACCGACCGACAUCAAGACCUUCUCCCAACCUCUGACACGACCUUUGACACCUGUCUGACCUUACCCCUGGUCAGUGACCAUUGCUGUGACUCACUGAUAUAACAAGUCCACAAUAGGAUCCAGUACUAUAAUGGGAGUCUUAAUCAUACACAGUCUGUGAACAGCAACGACGUGAUACAGUGUGUAGUUUGUUGUUAGUGCCAUGCUUCUAUGUUUGUUUUUUUUUAAGUACAUAGUUUGAACCUUGACACUGCUUUUGCCUCGGCUGGACAAACCAGUGUAAAAGUACAGCAGUAGCACACCAUGAUUUAUCAACAGGCUGCAGAGGAAACACUUUAUUUUAAGUUAAAUUGUAGUUCAGGCGCUUAGAACUUUUACUUCUUCAAAAACUGUGGGGAGGAGGCUGCAGUCUGUUAAUAAGAUUUUAAAAAAAUUGUAUGUUUGUAGUUUAGAUCUGGUCCUUCCUUUUUUCUCUGACCUGUAAUUUCACGUCGAGUUCAGUUCCACGGUGUUUAUCAGUAAAAAUAAAAAUCAGUGCAAAAUA